AUGCUUCGAUUGUGCACAACACCGUUCUGGGAGCAUCAUGUUCUCAAUUCAACGUAUCCGUACGUCCCAAAAUGCUUCCGUCAUACCGUCCUUCAAUGGAUUCCAAUAAGUAUUUUCUGGAUAGCUGUACCAUUAUGGUUGUAUAUGUUACCGAAACGAAAAUCUCAACCACGAGCACUGAAAAUAUCAACUCUAUUCAUGGUGAAAACAAUUCUUACUGGUUUAUUUAUUCUUAUUCAAAUUUCUCGUAUUAGUUAUUCUGCUAUUAAAUUAAAUGAGCCAACAUUGUAUGCGAUCUUACUGGCAUCAUUUUUCUAUCUAAUCACAUCACUUUUUACUCUAUGGACUAUGAAUUACGAUCGAUUGAAGGGUAUGUUCUCAUCGGGAUUACUCUGCAUCUUUUGGCUAUUGGUCACAUUAACUAGCCUACCGGAUGUUAUUGACUAUUCUGUUGUAUUUUCUCAACAAAUCAAGCACUUUCGAUAUGUGACAUUAUAUAUAGAAUUAAGUAUAAUUUUAUUCCAUUUUUUAUUUGCAUUGAGUUUAUUCAUUGCUAAUUGUUUCGCGGAAAAGCAUUCUUUCGUGAAAUCGACAACAGAUGAACAACCUGUAUUUCUUGAAUCUUAUGUCAGUCUUCCAUCGAAACUGUUUUUUGAAUGGGUGACACCUUUGAUUCUGCAAGGUUAUAGAAAACCAUUGACAGAAAAAGAUUGUUGGCAACUACCAGCAUCCGAACAGACAGUUACUGUUGUUCGACAAGUACAAAAGACUCUAGACAGUCAAAUACCACAGAUUCCAAAAUAUACGAAUGGCUAUUUACAAUCGAAUGAAAUCAAAGACGAGAAUGAAAAUCUUCUGACUGAUCAACCUGAGGUUCACGUGAAGAAACCAUCCUCGAAACAUCAAAGACCACUUGUGCUAUGGCGUGCACUUUUUCGAACAUAUCGCCAUCGCCUCAUCGCAGGUGGACUCUUACGAGUUUUCGAAAACUGUACAUUAUUCGUUGGUCCUUUCAUGUUAAAGCAACUAUUGAAUUUUUUUGCGGAUCCGACAAAACCGAAAUGGUUGGGAAUUUUCUAUGCACUUGUAUUGAGUGCGGCUGUGUUUUGUCAGAUAUUAGUCUUACGAGCUUAUUUUCAAAACCAGUUCAUUGUUGGACUUCGAUUCCGUUCGGCCAUAACUGGUCUAGUAUACCGCAAAAGUUUAAGAUUGUCCAAUUCAGCGAAACAACAAACAACAACGGGUGAAAUUGUCAACCUGAUGGCGAUCGACGCUUCGCGAUUUGCCGAAGUCACUCAUCACAUCCAUGUUCUAUGGUCAGGUCCAUUUCAAUUGAUUUUUGCGUUUAUUUUUCUCUAUCGACAAAUGCAAUGGGCAAUCAUACCUGGCGUUCUUUUAUUGAUUAUUAUGAUACCAACGAAUUCAUACCUACAGAGAAUUCAAAAACGGCUAACCACGAAGCAGAUGCUCGUAAAAGAUCAACGUAUAAAAACAAUGAAUGAGAUUUUGAACGGUAUUCGAGUUCUCAAAUUAUAUGCCUGGGAAGUGGCAUUCAUGCGUUCAAUUCUUCAUAUCCGCGAAAAAGAAUUGAAAUACAUACGACUAAAAGCGAUUAACAGUGCAACGAUAAGUAUGCUUGCGACAUUUACACCAAUCUUGGUUGGAGUAUUGACCUUUGCUACAUACGUUCUUUCGUCUGAUAAGAACAUUCUGACAGCUGAUAAGGCAUUUGUAUCAUUAGCACUAUUCAAUUUACUUCGUGGACCGCUGAAUUCUUUUCCAAAUGUUAUUAGCAGUGUUGUCGAAGCACGAGUGGCAAAUGCACGCAUUCAAAAGUUUUUGAAUCAUCAAGAACUCGAUGAAGCUGUUGUUGAUAAAGUGCCAUUAGGAUUGGAUAAAAAUUCAGUGAAAAUCGAACGUGGCUCUUUCCGUUGGUCAGAUAAUGUGGAAGAUCCAUUGAUUUUAAAGGAUAUCAACGUUCAGAUUCGACAAGGUUCACUUGUCGCGAUUGUUGGUAGUGUCGGCGCUGGUAAAAGUAGUCUCUUAGCAGCAUUGCUCGGUGAAAUGAAUAAGGCACGCGGGUAUGUCAGUAUUUCGGGUCUGAUUGCUUAUGUUCCGCAAACAGCAUGGAUCAUGAAUACAACAUUGAAAGAUAACAUUCUUUUCGGUCGGGAUUAUGAUAAACAAUUGUAUGAUAAAAUUAUUGAGGCUUGCGCUUUAAAACAUGAUCUGGAUGUACUUCCAGCAGGAGAUAGGACAGAAAUUGGGGAAAAGGGUAUCAAUCUAUCCGGUGGUCAACGGCAACGAGUAUCAUUGGCACGCGCAUUGUAUAGCAAUGCAGAUAUUUAUCUAUUGGAUGAUCCUUUAUCUGCUGUUGAUGCACAUGUCGGUGCUCAUAUUUUUCGACAAGUCAUCGGACGAAAAGGAUUGAUGCGUGACAAAACACGUCUCUUAGUGACACAUGGCGUUUCUCAUUUGCAUAAAUGUGAUAGUAUUAUGGUGAUAAAUGAUGGUGAAAUAGCUGAUCAAGGUUCAUACAAUGAAUUGAUUCGAAGAAGCAAAACCUUACGAGAUUUCAUACACUCGACUGCAAUAUCUGAUUCCGAUGAAUUUGUGCGUCGUGCUAGUGAGACUGAAAGUAUUAGAAGUCUGCCGAGUGUCCCACAAGAAUUGAUUGAGAAUCAUUCUGGCGAACACGAAGAAGAAGAACAGAUAGUCAGUGUUGAAAUUCCAGAAGAGGAGACCAAGAUCAUACAGAAAGAAACUAUUCAAACAGGUUCUGUCAAACUGAAUGUUUUUUCUGCCUACAUACGUGCAAAUCGACUACCGAUGGUUGGGUUAAUAUUAAUGCUGUUUUCUAUGACCAUCUGUGCAGCUUUCAGUGCAAAUGUUUGGAUGUCUCGAUGGACGGACGAAGCAAAAUCUCGUAAAGCAUCCAAUAAUCAAAUUCGUAACAUGGUGAUAUAUUCCAUAUUAGGUGCUACCCAAGGUAUUUUCGCGUUUUCUAUGCAGAUGAUUCAAAAGCUUGCGGCCUUUGCUGCUGGUCGAAGACUUCAUUGGAUCAUUCUUGUUGGAAUACUCCGUGCUCCAAUGUCUUUCUUCGACACAACACCUCUCGGUCGUAUCAUCAAUCGGUUCGCUAAGGAUAUUGAUGCAGUCGAUGGGACCUUACCUUCUUCAAUCUCUCAAGUAUUGACUACACUUAUCACUGUGAUUGUUACAAUAACUAUCCUCAUCUAUGGUUCUUGGUUCGCAAUCAUCGAACUGAUACCUCUAGCUCUUCUCUUCGCCUUUAUUCAACGGGUGUACGUGUCAUCUUCACGACAACUUCGCCGUCUCGACUCAGUGACACGUAGUUCGAUAUUCGCCAACUUUAGUGAAACAAUCCAAGGUCUUACUUCAAUUCGAGCUUACCAUGAACAACAACGUUUUAUCGAUUUGUCUGAUCAAUUCACGGAUAGGAAUAGCUCGUGUCAUCUGGCUAGCUCAAUAUGUAACAGAUGGUUAGCCGUUCGAUUAGAAAUGAUAGGCAAUCUGUUAACAUUACUGACAGCUAUUACUGCCGUUUUUGUCCGUGAUCAUUUAUCGGCAGGAACUGUAGGACUGAUGAUAACAUAUGCGAUGCAAAUCAACCAGGCACUCAAUUUACUAAUACGAAAUACAAGUGAAAUCGAAGCAAAUAUUGUCAGUGUAGAACGUAUUCAUGAGUAUGCCGAACUGACGCCGGAAGCUCCGUGGGAAAUACCAGAAAGAAAACCACCCGUGCAUUGGCCUACAAAUGGAAAUAUUCUAAUCUCAGAGUUAUCGACGCGAUAUAGAGAAAAUUUACAAUUGGUGCUGAAGAAUUUGACACUAGACAUUCGAUCUGGAGAAAAGAUUGGCAUUAUCGGUCGAACAGGUAGUGGCAAAAGUAGUUUAUGUUUAGCACUCUUUCGCAUCAUCGAACCGACGAAUGGCACGAUUAUUAUUGACGAUGUUGAUAUUCGUUUUAUCGGUAUACAUGAUCUCCGAUCAAAGAUUACCAUUAUUCCUCAAGAUGCAGUGAUUUUCGCUGGAACAGUGCGAUUCAAUGUUGAUCCAUUUGGUAACUAUAGUGACAUGGAAAUAUGGUCUGCACUAGAACUCGUAAACUUGAAAGAACGUAUUUGUACAGCAGACAAUGGACUGUCCUAUUUAUUAGCGGAGGGUGGUCAGAAUAUUAGUGCCGGUGAAAAACAACUGCUGUGUUUAGCACGAGCAUUGCUACGAAAGAGUAAAAUAUUCAUUCUCGACGAAGCUACUGCUGCCAUCGAUAUGGAAACUGAUCGACUGAUACAACUAACUAUUCGAUCAGUAUUCAAAGAUGCCACUGUAUUAACUAUUGCUCAUCGAUUACAUACAAUUUUAGAUAGCAGCAGAAUUCUCGUCCUCGCUAAUGGUACUAUCGAAGAAUUUGAUGAGCCACACAAAUUAGCUGCCGAUCCAAAUUCGAUAUUUUCCAAGUUGCUACAAAGUGCAAAUAUUUCACCGUUGGACAUCGGUCCAAAAAUAGAUAAUUAA